AUGAUAUUCGCUCCAGGCUCAAAGCUUCUUGCAUACCAUGGUCCUUUGAUCUAUGAAGCUAAAGUGCUCCUAUCUUUCCAGGCCGGAAACACGUUUGUAGAAGACCUGGAAGGUAAACAUCUACCUGUGCCUGAUAAAUUGGGGCCCGAGUUGAGACUGACUAAUGCAUAUUUCCUCCACUAUAAAGGCUGGAAACCCAAAUGGGACGAAUGGGUUGAGCAACUGAGAGUCAUGGAGUGGAACGAGGAAAAUGUCAAGAUCCAGAAAGAACUUAAGCAGAAGUUGACAAGACCACCUCCACCUCCAUCACCAGUGCAACCUCCUGCAUCUCAGACUCUGGCUAAUUCUCAAUCUCAGUCAACCUUGUCAAUAACUCUUAACGGGAAGAGAACCCUGGCAUCCACGUCUGGGACGGGGAACUCUAAUAAUAAGACACGUCCUACCUCGGCUCCUCCGUCCAAACGGAAACGAACAUCGAAUUCUUCAGCACCAGCGUCCGCAUCGUCGUCGACGUCAAACAAUAGCCACCACUCUUCUUCUUCUAAUUCUUCAUCCGUAGCUUCCAUAAGUCUUCCGAUAUCGUCGAGGAUUAAGUAUAUCUUGGUAGAUGACUGGGAAAAUAUAAGUAAAGAAAAGACGCUAGUAAGUAUACCGUCUGCGGUGCCAGUGUCUACAAUAAUUGCGGACUACAGAAGCCAUAAGAUAAACCGGAAUCCGGAAAAUUCCAAGAGGUCUAAUAUUGCUACCCUUGACGAGAUUUUGCUGGGACUCGAGCAAUACUUCAACAAGUCCUUAGGGCUUAUUCUACUCUAUAAAUUUGAACGAUUACAGUAUCUCAAGGUGCUAAAUCUGGAUGAUUUGCAGGGGAAGCCCAUGAGCUCCAUAUACGGAGUAGAGCAUCUACUAAGGCUCUUUACCGCCUUGCCUGGCCUCAUUGCUCAAACUACAAUGGAUCCUGUUAGUAUCAACACUUUAAUUGAUGAAUGUAAAGAAUUGCUAGAGUACAUUGAUGAAAAUUUGGGAAACUACACUAAUGGAUACGUCAACGUUUCGCCCAAUUACGAAAACCUAGCCCAUUGA